UUUUUUUUCAUUUUCUCAUUCUUUUUCAAACUCCAUCUUCCACCUCCAGCUUUCCUCAAACCCCAAUUCCCGAACACCACUGCUCCGCCAUCCAUCUCACCUUUUUCUUAGAGCAUCAAUAAACGAUAAGUUGAGAAAAAAGGAAGGCUUCAAUCGGCAGCCAUAAAGGGGAAAAAAAUUCUGGAAAAAAAGAAGAAGAAAAGAAGCAAGAUUCCUCAAGUGAGUCUUAAGAGCUAGGAAACUGUGACAGGUGAGCAGUUGGGGCAUCACAUAUUGGACUGAUGAAAUAGAUGAACCUACUCCAACUAGUUACACAGGUUAGCAGUUCAGGAUUGUAAAUGCCUUCAGGAAUCAGGAAAAGCCAGGUGGAUUUUCUCUCUUUGUUCUCUUUAAAAAGGUGUUCUCGAUACCUUUGUUACAGAUGAGUUCUCAUUAUUUUUGCAAUUGAAGUAUCCUCGCCAAUGUUCUUUGAAAGUUGGAGUUCGGUCGGGCUGUUAUGGGUGGUAUCAGAGUGUAAGGAUACGGCUUUUUGAUAUUUUUGGGAAUAGAAUAUAGUUGAAAAUAGAUCGCCGUUCGAGGGAUAAAAUCUUAGUUUACAUUUGUUCACAAGGCUCAGACUCCCCUUAAAUAAAACUUGAUAUGUGUGUAUUAGAGCUUAAAGAUGCGAGCUGGUGAGACUAAAACCUAAGAUGUGUGUACCUCUUUUGAGAGUAGAACAUUUGGUGAACUUAUCAGAGUUGUAGUAUGAUCAAUUUAGGAUGAAUAAUUAUGAUGUGUGAUCUGAUUUUGUGAAAGAACAAUGUUAUACUUCGGCUUUUUCAGCAAAUUUUGGCUGAAACACUCUUUGGUGAUUCGCAAGUGUUAGAUUGAUGUUUUGUGGAAUUUUUUAUACACAUCACUUCUUGGUUUAUCCUAGUUUUUGUCAUAGUUUGUGGAUGGUUAAAUGGAUUCUUGGUUGUCUCUGAAAGUGGUUCAAAUUCGAAAUAUCAGAUCUGAUUUUUUUCUGGAAGGACUGAUACCCACUGUUUGAAUUUCCGUUUAUUAUGUUUAUAAAACCUUCCCAUUUGAUUUCUUUCUACGAACUUUUCUUUGUUUGAUAAGGUUUAUGUCAGUCUUUGUGGCAUAUGAAAUGGAUUUCUGGUCAUUCAAAUUUAUUCUUGAAAGAAGGCCAUCAUUCUGAAUUUCUGUAACAUUCAGAAUUUUCUGACUGAUAGGUUUGAGUUUCAAUGUUUGCAUUUAACAAUUUUAAAACCUUUUUGUGUGAUUCCUUUUCCAAAACUCUUCUAUACUUGUUGAAAUUUGUGUUAGUUACUCUCGAUUACUUAUAAACUGAGAAUUAUUUAAAAAAUAAAAAAAAGAAGGGUCUUUUGCAUAUAAAUUUCCUGAAAUUUCAGAACUAAAGGCCUGAACUACUGAUUUUAGUCAAAUAGUUUAUCAUCAUUGGAAAAAUCUUUGAUUGAUUUCAGUUAUUGAUUUCUUUCUUGGUUAAUAUGGUAUAUGUCGGACUCUGUGGAUAUCUAAACAGACUUAAAAAUGAUUAGAAACAGUGUUUUAAAAUGGCUUUCCUAUCAAAUGUUUUCUGAGAACUCAGAGCUUCUGGUUCAGGAGACUGUCUUUACCAUACUGUAUUACAUCAUUCUGAAGCCUCUGCAUAUGUUUUAUUUUUUGAAACCCAUGUAAACUGAAAGAAGUUUGUGUCAGUAUUUUCUGGUCGUGAAAUGGACCUUUCAUUACUUUUCAAAACAUGCUUCGAAAAUGAGUCACAGAGCUGUGAGUUUCUAAAAUUUUAUAUUAUUGAAAUAAAUAUAGAAAACACUGGAUUAGCAAUGUCAGAGAUUAAAGAUAAUCUACUAAGCAGUUGGUAUAGAAGAUAUUUGUACCAAUUUGGGGAUAUGAUCUCUUGAGGAGAAGAUAUAAGAAUAUGUAAGCAUUAAGGAUGUCCAGAGUUAGUGAAGACUUUGAUCUGUUAAACGGGAAGUUAAGCCGAGGGCAUAGACUUUGACAUUUUAGUUAUUAAAAGGUCUGAGUACAUGAUCAUUCAUUUUGGUUUUGAAGUUACAUAUUACUUGGCCAGGAUCAUUAGCUUAGAAGCAAUCUAUUAGCAUUUAACACCCAAAAAAAAAAACACACACACACACACGCACAAUGGAAGCUUGGGCUUAAAAGAAAAAAAAAGGGAAUGUACGUGAAAACUUAUGUGGGACUCUAGAAGCCUUAAUUUUAAGAUACUUUAAUCAAUAGAUGAGAUUCCUCUUGAGAUGUUGCAAAAAACAUUAUUCUAACCCUGAAGAAGUCUAAGCAUCCUUUCCUUUAACCUUACAUAGUCACUAUAAUGUUAGUAACCGUAAUUCCAUUGUUAGGAUGCAGAGAUGGAACCAUAUGGUGCUCAAAUUACUUUUAUUCAGCAACUAGCUCAAAGGGAAAUUGAUAAUUAAAUAUCAACCAGGAAAAGACGAUUUAGUAUUGGUGAUCCUGAUGCCGAGAAGGCUGAGAUCGGGUUGAAACAAUUGGCUGUAGUUUUAAAUUAUACCGAGGAGCGUAACAUACACUUUGCCAUAUAUCAGAUGGAUGAUGCUGCUCAAGUGUGGUGGGCAGUUGUUGAAAAGAAAUGGAAACAGAACCAAACCCCCUAUACCUCGGAAAAUUGUAUCCAAGAAUUUAAGAACAAAUAUGUUCCGCGAUUAGUUCGAGAGAAGAGGCACAAGAAUUUAUUUAGAAAAGGAAGGAUGACAGCAACUCACUAAGCUAUAUUACUAUGCUGUCGAAAUUUUCCCUGAAAAUGGUGGAAAUAGAUGUCGAGCGCAAAGAGAGGUUCAUUAAAGGACUUUGAAUUGAAAUUGGACAUGCUUUGGCAGUCUCUAAGCUUGAUUCAUAUGCCAAUGCCGUAGAGAUGGCACAACGGGUGGAAAGUACCUGGAUCGAGUUAGAAGAAACUCGAGCCAGCAACGGAACAUGCUUGCAAUAGGAACAUCUAUGGCCAAUUUACCCUAUUUUCCAUCCCUUAAAGAUGAUGAGAUACAAGGACCAAAGAUAUCUCAAAAGGAGAAAGACAUACCAGGCUUUUGUAACUAUUGCAAAAGAUAUGGCCAUGAAAUUCAGAGUUGUCGCAGGAAGGGGUAACAAUGCAUCUGAUGUGGAUGUACCCAACACAUACCUAGUGCUUGUCCCGAACUGUCAGUUUCAGCAAGCAAGAAGAGUCGUUGCUGAUAUGGCCUUGUAAAAAUUUAUUUCUUUUGUAACUAUUCAAAAGAUAUGGUCAUGAAAUUUGGAGUUGUUGCAGGAAGGGGCAACAAUGCUUUUGAUGUGAAAGUAGUCAACACAGUCUAGUGCUUGUCCCGAACUGUUGGUUUCAGCAAGCAAGAAGAGUAGCUGGUGAUAUGACCUUUUAGAAAUUUGUUUCUUAACUGUAAAUUAUUUAGGCUCUGUGUUUUUGUUGUACCAUUCAGGCAGGAAAUUUCGAGGAUGAAAUUUUUAAGGGGGGAGGAAUGUGAGUUUCUGCUCCGCAUGACCUCUCUGUUUAGCUUCUCGCAGGUUUAUUGUUACUUUAACUCUGUUUAAUCAGUAUUAAAUAAGCUUGUAGCUCAAUUGUAAUCCCAGUGAAUUAAUUUAGAAGAAAUAAUAAAACAUAACCCAAAACAAUCGUAUUUGAUAACCCACUAGUAUAGUAAAUUGAACCAAUGUAAAAUAUUUUUGCUGCUGAUUAUUUUACAUUAGUUCUUUUUAAUUUCUUCUACUGUUUUCCUUUUCUUUUUUUUUUUUUAAAUUAUUGUUUUAGUUCCAAUAUCUUCACUUUGUAUAUGCUAAUCAUGGUAUCUAUGCCAGAAAGUAUAUUAAAAAAAACCUAAUCAUGUGCAUCUUGGUGUCCAGGCAGGAUAAUAGGAUUCUUGAGCACUAAGCAUAUCUCUGAAGUUGGUCUCCUACAAAGAAACAUCAGGUAUCUACAAUCAUCAUCCCCAUGGCUAUCUAUGUUUAUUUUUAUGUUCCGCGGCAGGUGUUUUAAAGAUUCAUUUUGGAAAAAUUUAAUGGUGGAUGAGUCCUUGUAAUUAGCAUGUUUAAGCUUAUAUAUUAGAAUUUCUUCUGGUGACAAUGAGGUGCAGUCUAGUGGUAAGACGCGUCCCCUGUUUCUAGUAGGUCACGGGUUCGGGUCACGUGGGGAACCACUAUGAUCCCUUUAAAGAGGAAAAAAAAAAAAGGAUUUCCUUGUGGUGAUCUUCAUUUUCUUACCUUGUGGCAAUUAAUGGAUUAGUGGAUAACAUUUUUAUAUAUAUUUAAAUGGAAAGGAUGAAUGGUUUUAUUGAUAUUUUUGUUGAUCCUGCACCUUCGUUUUUCUUACUUUGUGGCAAAUGGAUUACACUUCGAUGUAGUUAAAUGGGAAGGUUGAAUGAUUUUAUUGGUAAUUUUGUUGAUGAUAAUCUAUAGACUGAUUAAUGUGAUUUUGUUGGUGAUUGAUUAGUGUAUUGUGUGUUCUUGAUACCAUUGAACUUCGACGAUUUGAAAGACUGGAACAAGGGCAGUGAUGCGGUGUUUAAUUUUGAUUAUUCAUUUGGAAGGAUGCUAGUGUGGUAGUACAGGGGUUGGGGCUGAUUUAUUGCCUUUAAAGAUGACAGAUGACUUCAUCGUUUCUUACCUUCAUUAUGCCACUUGUUUGCUUCAUAAAUAAAUAUAGGGGAGUAAAAACUAAUGUUUUGAAUGAGAUACUUGCUCUCAUGUGCAGAGUUUCUCGACUCAUGUGCUAGACGAUUGCUGCACAAAAAGUGUCUUCAUCUACAAGAAAUCUUAGGUUCUCUUUUUACGCUUAUAUGAACUUGAGAUAUCUGAACCUGGGGUAAGCUUGCUGUAAAGCUUGAGUUCACUAGAAAUUACGCUAGAAAACCUUAGGCUUCAUACCGAGAUGAAGUUGCAUCACACCACCCUUGUCAUGACAUAUAUGCUGCAGAUUUUAAUAUUGAGCUGAAAUCUAAAAUCUCCUUUAUCAAAGUUGCUUCACUAACUCUUGAGGAACAGAGAUUUGUUUCUGGAAUGUUUGUUGAACUCCAAUCUAAAAUCUGCUCUUAGAAGUACAUUAUUAUUCAUUAUCCAAUUUGAUUACAUCUUUCACUUCGCUAAUGGCCUUAAGUCCAAAUGUCCUGUCUUGGCCCAACAGUUGCCUAAAUAGUCUUUAAAAAAAACAAAAUUCGUUUGGGAAUUGAAGAUUCAGAAUUUCCAGCAAAGUAAUUAUUCACUCAAAUCAAGAAAUUUGAAUAGGUUUAGUGUCCUUUUCCCCUCACCUAUGAUGUUUCACUGUCUAUAAAUGCAGCCUCUUGAUUCUAGUUCUUCCACUUAUCUCUUCACCAUUGAAAGUGCAUUCAGAAUCCAAGUUCCAAGAACCAUUGAUUUUAGAACAUACAAAAAGAUUAGUCUGUGUUAGACAAUUUUCUUUUUUCUUUUAUCUUUUUUUUAAUCUUUAUUUUUAGACUACAAUUUCUUCGAAGCUAAAUAGUGUUCAAGAUUUUACUUCAAUGUGAGGUUGUCUAUGAAACUUGUAUCACCAAUUACGAUCAAAUUUUUCGCCAGCAUUCAGCCUUUACUGUUUCCUCCAGGCAUGCUCUCCAUUUACCUCUUGAUAUUUCUAUCCAUAGAGUUUAAAAUUGGUGCAAGUUAUUUAUAACUUGUUCACUGUCAUCGUUUUCUAGAGAUUUCACUUGAAUUUCGUUUUCAUUUCACGUGUUGUGUUCCCUAUGUACUGUAAUCUUUUUGUACAUUAUCAUGUUUUUGCGCUUAAUUGAAUGAUUUCAGGAUGAUACUAUUCUAAGUGAACCUCAGUAUGUUCCAGGAGAACUUUUGGCAUCCAACUUAGAAUAAUUGACCCCAAUUGGUAGCAUUGGGACUGAUCUGACAUGCAGGUUUAUAGGGUUUUUACUUGAACUUCCACCUAGUGGGACGAAAGCUUUUGUUGCCAAGCAUUAAACUUUGUAGUAUUUCUAGUUUUCACGUUGUCUGAUUACGGUACAUCUUCUAAAGUUUUUUCAGGUUAUGGAAAAUGCAGAAUCUUUGAAUGUUGUGGAAGAAUGUCGGGAAAAUUCCAAUCCAAGAAAGCCUCGGAUCCUUCUUGCUGCAAGUGGAAGUGUGGCUGCUAUAAAAUUUGCUAACCUUUGCCAUUCAUUUUGUGAAUGGGCAGAAGUAAAAGCUGUAGCUACAAAGGCUGCUAUGCAUUUUAUUGAUAAAAAGGCACUUCCUAAAGAUGUGACUCUUUAUACAGAUGAGGAUGAAUGGUCUAUGUGGAAUAAGAUCGGAGAUAGUGUCCUGCAUAUCGAGCUUCGCAAAUGGGCCGACAUUAUGGUAAUUGCACCUUUAUCAGCAAACACGCUUGGGAAGAUUGCUGGGGGUUUGUGUGAUGAUUUGCUCAGCUGCAUAGUGCGAGCAUGGGACUAUGCUAAGCCACUUUUUGUUGCACCAGCUAUGAAUACAAUGAUGUGGAACAACCCUUUUACAGAAAGGCACCUCAUGGUGAUUGAUGACCUUGGCAUAAAUCUUAUCCCGCCUGUAACUAAGAGGCUUGCUUGUGGAGACUACGGAAAUGGGGCAAUGGCUGAGCCUUCUCUCAUCUUUUCAACUGUAAGGCUCUUCUUGGAAUCACGAGGACAUUAA